AUGCAUUCCAAGACCUACCGUCAUCCACUAUCAUACCAUCUGCAAACCGAUCCUCUUCCUAUUCUCUCACUAAUGCUAAGAAAUCUAUCUUCCAGCCACCAAGGUUAUUCUAACCUCGACCGAGUCUUUUGCUCACCACCUCACGGCCACCAUCCCCAACGCAAUUCAGCCGUCGAGAAUAGUCGAGAGAAAUAGUGCGAGAAGAAACACCCCAAACCCGACACCAACCCAGCCCCACGAUUCCGGAUGCGGAUCCUAGCAUCCCCCCUCCAUCGAAGUCGAUUCGGUCAGAACAAGACAUGAGCUCCCAGACUUUACCCAUUCACAAGUCACAAUAUACAACUAUCAUACACCUAUCCCCCAGAAGCUUACCCAACGCCCCACAGAGAAACCCUACGGUAGUCCAACCCCAACACAUGAGCAAGCAAACGAUACAGAACCAAAGAACCAAAAAAAAAAAAAAACCCCUUUUACGAAACCAACCACAACCCAAACCUACCGCCCCGAAUUAACGUCACACCCCCGACCAAUCUUCCCCCGAGAAUUCGGUCACCCCCACGGACUGCUGGCAUUCAACCCACCGAACCCCGCAACUUAGGACUGCACUCCGGGGAGGGGGGGUACUGGCAGAAGCGAUGAGUAGGGAGGGACUGGCCAAUCCAUUUUGCAUGACCCCCCGAUGUGCCCUACACACCACACCUAGUAUCCCACAGGUUAGGCAUGAUUGCUUCCGGGUUGACCAGGAGCCAUAUCUCAGGGGACAUCUGUCACUUGUUCCGAGAUGCCGGUAGAAUAUAAGGUUGCGGAAUUCAGACGAUUUCACUUAUGGGUGGUUUGGACGGACCUGUUAGCACUAAGUUAUGGUCAGUAGACUAGUAAAUAUUUCCAAUGCUAGUCCCGGGAAGUUUCGUGCGCAUAUGCUAGGAUUCCGGGUCUCAUAUUUUCACAAGAGUUCAGGAAAGAAAGCAGGAAUCUGGCAUCAUCAUGUAACGAAACGAGGAGAUUGGAAGA